AUGCCCAGGAUCACCGUGAGCGGCGUCCCCGUGGACUUCCCCUUCCAGCCCUACAAGUGCCAGGAGACCUACAUGGCCAAGGUGCUCGAGUGCCUGCAGAGGAAGGUAAAUGGCAUUCUGGAGAGCCCAACGGGGACAGGGAAGACCCUGUGCCUCCUGUGUUCCACUUUGGCCUGGCGGGAACACUUUAAGGAUACAAUCUCAGCCCGCAAAAUUGCACAGCGCAUGAACGGAGUGGAGCUCUUUCCUGACAGGCCUAUGUCAUCCUGGGGCAGCGCUGCUGGGGAUGCUGAUGUCCCAGCUUAUUACACAGACAUUCCUAAAAUAAUCUAUGCCUCCAGAACUCACUCGCAGCUUACGCAGGUCAUUAAUGAAUUAAAGAACACAGUCUACAGGCCGAAGAUAUGUGUUUUAGGUUCCAGAGAGCAGCUUUGCAUCAACCCUGAAGUGAAGCGACAGGAGAGCAACCACGUGCAGAUUUACAUGUGCCGAAUGAAAGUGAUGGCUCGUGCUUGUCAUUUCUAUAACAAUGUGGAAGAGAAGAGUACAGAGAAAGAACUGAUUGAUUCCAUCAUGGAUAUAGAGGAUUUGGUUAAAAAUGGGAAUAAACACAGAGCUUGUCCUUAUUAUCUCUCUCGGAGCCUUAAGCAGCAAGCGGAUAUUAUUUUUAUGCCUUACAACUAUUUAUUAGACUCAAAGAGCCGGAGAGCGCACAACUUGGACCUGAAGGGGACUGUAGUAAUACUUGAUGAAGCUCACAAUGUGGAGAAGUUGUGUGAGGAGUCAUCUUCUUUUGACUUGACACCCUACGAUUUGGCUUCUGCAGUGGAUGCUAUAAAUGUGGUACUGGAAGAACAAGCCAAAGUAGUUCAACAGAAUGAAAUAAAUGCUGAAUUCAAUAUGGAAAUGGCCAAUUCAGGGCUGAACUUGGAACUUGAAGAUAUAGCAAAGAUAAAGAAAAUUCUUCUUCAGCUAGAAAAUGCUAUUGAUGCUGUGGAGCUGCCAUUAAAUAGUAAUGGAGUCACCAAAGAGGGAAGCUACAUCUUUGAACUGUUUGCAGAGGCCCAAAUAACGUUCCAGACCAAAUCAUCCCUGCUGGAGUCACUCGAGCAGAUUUUGCAGUUUCUUUCAGGCCGUACUGGGAUAUUUAUCAAUACAUCUGGAUUGCAUAAGCUUUCAGAUAUUAUCCAGACAGUGUUCAGCAUUGAUCCUCCAGAAGGCACGAUGGGUUUCAUGCCAUCCCGGGCCAUAUCCAAAUACUACAAGGUACACAUCCAUCUGGAUAACAGUAAUCAGAAGAAGAAACAAAGGACAGAUCUCUGGAAUUCAUCGGCUGUAAAAAAACAAGGAAAGACCUUGAGCUACUGGUGUUUCAGCCCGGGCUACAGCAUGCAUGAGCUCGUUCGACAGGGCGUCAGGACCAUCAUCCUCACCAGUGGGACGCUCUCCCCGCUCUCAUCCUUCACCAUGGAAAUGCAGAUCCCCUUUCCUGUUUGUUUGGAGAAUCCACACGUUAUUGAUAAGCACCAGCUCUGGGUCGGGAUUAUUCCCAAGGGACCUGAUGGAACUGUGCUCACUUCUACUUUUGAAAAAAGGUUUUCYGAAGAAUAUUUAUCUUCUCUCGGGAAGACGAUUGGUAAUCUUGUGCGCGUUGUACCCCAUGGGCUGUUGGUGUUCUUCCCGUCAUAUCCUGUCAUGGAUAAGAGCCUGGAAUACUGGAGAGAGCAUGAUUUUGCUAAAAGAAUAGAAGAAGUGAAGCCAAUGUUUGUGGAACCAAGGAAUAAAGGAAGUUUCACGGAGGUCAUGGAUGCAUACUAUGAUAAAAUUGCCUGUCCGAAGUCCAAUGGAGCUGCUUUYUUGGCAGUAUGUCGGGGGAAGGCUAGUGAGGGCCUGGACUUUGCAGACAUGAAUGGACGAGGAGUCAUCAUUACUGGCCUCCCAUUUCCUCCUCGUAUGGAGCCAAGAGUUGUUUUGAAGAUGCAAUUCCUGGAUGAAAUGCGGAGAAGUGGGGCAGGUGCACAGUACCUCUCUGGGCGCGAGUGGUACAGCCAGCAAGCUUCCCGGGCUGUUAACCAGGCCAUCGGCAGGGUCAUCCGACAUCGCCAAGACUACGGGGCCAUCUUCCUGUGUGACCAAAGAUUCACAACUGGUGAUGUAAGGGACAAGCUACCUUCAUGGGUCCGCCCUUAUGUGACGGUUUAUGACAACUUUGGGCAUGCAGUCAGAGGUGUCUCUCUCUUCUUCCGUGUUGCUCAAGAUAUUAUGCCCCCACCCCUGCCACAAUGCCCAUCUGCUGCUGCCCUAAGGGAAGGGGAAAUGGCACCAUCCGCUUCAUCUGACCAGGCACAAUUCGUGAGCAAAGCCAAGAAACUGGAUGACCAUGUUCCAAGUUUGAAGAGGAAGAGAGCAGUAAAGGGARAUGCAGCGUCCAACCUGUGCACAGAAUAUGAGCAAGAGCUGGUCUGCCCUAGAAAGCAGUGCAGUGGACUCUUGGACGCCCUGGAGCGUAACGAGAAGAGCCGUGAGGAUGCAGAGGAGGAAGAUGCCUUGCCAGGAGAGGAAAAGGCACAGCGUCUGUCAACACUGUCCCUUCAGUACGAGAAGAGAUUAACAGAUGAGCAGAAAGGAGGAAGGAAGAAAAUAAAGCUAGUCAGCAAUCGGCAAACAGAUAAGAUAGUAGACCAGACUGAACCAACAAAGGCCAGGGCUACAUCAUACAUUGCAACAGUGAAGGAAACCUUAAGCCAAGAAAACUAUGAUCUCUUCUCAAAGGCUCUUCAGCACUACAAGAAAACAGAUGACUUCAAUGCUAUGUUAUGUCAAAUGAGCUCCCUUUUUAUAGAGGAUCAAAAAAAGCAUGUCUUGCUGCGAGAAUUUUACCAGUUUGUUCGACCUCAACAUAAAAAGCAGUUUGAUGAAGCUUGUUGUAAUCUGACUGGAGUGGGCUGUGGCUACAAACCUGAGCACAGCCUCCGGCGAGAGCAGCGAGAGAUACCGGCCAGCAAAACAGCAGAAAAGCAGAGCCAGCMGAAAACCACAUUCUCCAAGGACUCCUGCACUCAGCUAGACCCCGGGCUCCACUUGAACAAGGGAGGAUUCCACCUAGCAACAGGACUCAAUAGUGCAGGGAAAAAUCCCAGCCAAGCCCCAGGGAAAGAUGCUGAAAAAGCUUCGAGCUCCAGGAGAGAUGAUCACCACCAGGUGCUGAGGGCUAYGUAUCUCAAGGAUGUGAAAAAGGCUUUGAAUCAAAGCUCCUACAACCGUUUCUAUGAAGCAUUGCUGGCUUACAAGAAGACAGAUAACUAUGAUACCAUGGUAUCGGUGAUAGCGGCCCUCACCACCGAGAGGCCUGAAGACUUUCAUCUCCUGCAAAGGUUUUACAUGUUUGUGCGCCCUCACCACAAGGAGCAGUUCAGGCAGAUGUGUAAAGACUUGACGGGGAUGGUCUGCGGCGAGGGGCAGAAGCAAGUGCAACAGCAGCUGCAAAAGGAAGGCAGCACGGGCCCCACCUUGAAGAACUGGUGCACGAAGGCAGAAGAUGACAAAACUCCAAGGAAAGCUCCCAGCCAUGCACCAGAUGCUUCCAAGAGCGAGAUGCCAGAGAAAAUUCAGAGCAAGAUUUCCUCCUUCUGCUUUAGUCAGGAAAGCAAACCUGAACUGCCAAAGACAGAAGGAGCCAAAGGAACCGGCCACGUGAGAGCCACCCCAAGCUCUGGAGCUCUGCCCAUUUUUCCCCCACAAAUGGAGCCAGAGUUUGGAAGAUUCUACUGCUCUAACUGCAGAUCUGAGGAUGAUGUGCCUUUUAAAUGCCCAUUAUGUGCCUUCACGUGCUGCAAAACAUGUUGGGAGCAGGUCUUACAGAUGAUGAAGAAGUGUCCAGAGUGCCAGAGUGAUGUUAAGAGGAAGCAGUUAAUCCAGGUUUUCUUCUGGUCAUAAUGUCGUCGAGAGAAAGGGCAAGUACUUUCUAACAGCAAAAAACGAUUGGAUUCUGAGUCUGAAGGGAAGCUGGUUGAAGGCUCAUUGAAAUGAACCCUGGCUCUGGACAGCAUGCCAUGCACCAUGACUUCACAUAGCAUUUUCCCAUCCAAUACUUACCAAAUCUGAAAGAUUUGCCUCUUCUUCAUCAUCGGCAGAAGACAAGACAGUAUUGCCCUCCAUUAGAGCAAAGCRGCUGAAUUUCAUGUUAUUUUAGCCUGUAGUGACUUCUUUGGGGCUGAAUUUUUAUAUCCUGAGGC